CAACACCAAAGGGCUGCCACCCUGGUAAGGCCCUUGGAUAAAAGGCCAGGGCACCUGUGUACUGCUUCCUCCUCUCCAACCUGGAUCAUGCUCUGGCUCCUCUGUGCCCUGAUGUUCCUGGGGGCGCUGGUCGCCCCAGAAGGAGCCUCCAAGACCUGUCCCGCCUGCUCCUCACGGUCUCACUGCAGGAACAUCACCUGUCCUGCGGCCCAGGACUCCUGCCUGCUCAGCCAGAUGCAGCUGGAAAAUGGGACCGUGGUGGAGAGUGGGUCUUGCGUGGCUUCUGGACAGUGCCAGGAAGGCAUCAGCAUCCUGACCUAUGCCCCCAACUCCAAGCUCUGGGUCAGCACCGCCUGCUGUGCAAACAGCUGCAGCGACGCUGAUCCACGACGAGAGCCCAAGCCCAAGGCCAACCAUGUGACGUGUCAAUACUGUUCUGGGAAUAAAUCAGUUCCGUGUGACUCCCUUUCGGUCAUGAAAUGCACUGGGAACCAGACCGUGUGUGUCACCCUCAGUGGAACGUGGAGUGGAGGGGGUCCCCAGAUCCUGAAGGGCUGUGCCACACCAGACGUCUGCCACCUGCACGUGAAUGACACCCUGGGCCCCAAGGAGUCUGGAUUCCGCCUAACCUCCAAGCCUGACUGCAGCCCCCAGGACCCUCCCACAAAACUAGCUGUGAGCCACACCAGCCCAAAGGCUACCAUCUGUUUCACCUGCUCAGACCCCCACCACUGUGACCCUCUGCCCUGUCCGGAGGACAGGAACUACUGCCUUGGGAUAGCAGGCAUCACCGCCCUUGGGGAUGGAAAUUCUGUCUCCUGGAGGAACGGUUCCUGCGUGGCCUCUACGGACUGCAAACGGAACACCUCCAUCUCGGCCUUGACCUAUGGCACCGGCCUUGGCUUCUGGGUCAACACCACCUGCUGCCAAGGCAACUGUCAGGAGCCCACUCAGCUCGCAGCUCUGCCGCCCUCGAGCACAUACCUGUGUCCUACAUGCCUCAAGGGCCAGCCCAGGUCCUGCAGCUCCACCUUCUACAUGCAGUGUCCUCGUGGGGAGACCAAGUGUGUCCAGCUGGACCUGACAUCAGAUAAAGGCGGCCGGAAUGUGAGCAUGCGCGGAUGCGGCACCCCAGAUCUGUGCAGCAGCGCCCUGGCUGUGACCAAGCGGCUCCAGGAGAUCCCAGGCCUUCCCGAUUUCGGGGGCAUGCGGCUGUCGCGCCGGCCUAACUGUAGCCCUCGCCGCCGCGCCAUCAUUGAGUCCUGGGGUCCCUCGGGCGCUGCCCGCCGCCUCCACCUGGCCCUGCCGUUGCUGGUAGUGGCCCUGGGGGCCGCGACGCUCUGCUGAGGACUCAUGCCUGGUCCUUUGAUUUGACCACGACCAGUGGCCCCCGGCCUCACCUCUGCGGUGCUACAGCUGGAGCCUUGAAGCUUCUGGUGAUGAAAUCAGGAUGCUGGGGUGAGCCUGGCCCACUAGGGCUUCCCAAAGGCCAAGCCCGCUUCCUGGUAGCUGCGUGGGCAAGCUGUGCCUUCCCCCUGGCUAGGGCGUCUGCUCCUCUAGGACUAGAGCUCAAUCUCACAUAAGGGGCCUCUCAAGCCCAAACCUCCUCCCUUAUGCUGUUCUGUUCUUUGUUAGAUUGAACACACACACAUCUCCUUCAGAUCAGGGAGCCCCCAAAGCUAAGCCUACCUCUUCAAACUAGGGAACCCCCAACACUAGACUGAAUUAUCUCAAACACUAAGAAGCAAAUUUCUCCUCUUGUCUUCCUCUUCAGGCAACGUCCUGGCAGCCAAGGUGGGCCUUGAGGACCCAAUGCACCCACUCCCAAGGCAUUUAGAGCAACUCAUCCCAGUCCUG